AUGGCAGAAGAUAAUACUCCAUUGGUCUCAUCCAAUGAUUCAGAACCUACCACUCCAAGAGGAUACACACCCAAGGAUCAAAUUGAAUGGGAAUUUGGUGGUCCCAUUGGUGCGUUGGGAAUGAUUAUUGGCUUUCCAUUAUUGAUGUGGUAUAUGUGGAUUGGAGCUGAAUUUUACAAUGGUAAGUUUCCUUGGCCAGAACAAGAUCAAUCAUGGUCUUAUUUCUUGUUGUUAUUAUGGGAAUUAUUCAAAUUGAAUGGAUUACCUACAUUUGGUACUUGGUUAUUUUUCACAUCAUUUAUUAUCAUUCAGGGCGUGUUUUAUUUAGUUUUACCGGGUGUUUGGACUAAAGGGCAACCAUUGGCUCAUUUGAAUGGUAAACAAUUGCCUUACUUUUGUAAUGCAAUUUGGUCUUUUUACACCACAUUAGCUGGAUGGUUGGUUUUACAUUUUACUGGUAUCUUGCCAGCUUAUUACAUGUUGGAUAAUUUUGGAAGAAUAAUGACAGUGGCUAUAACUUAUGGUAUCUCAUUGUCAAUUCUCUUAUACUUGGUUUGUCUUUUCGUUACAGGUGAUUACCACAGAAUGACUGGUAAUCAUAUCUACGAUAUGUUUAUGGGUGCACCUUUGAAUCCAAGAAUUGGUAAAUACCUUGACUUGAAGAUGUUUUUUGAAGUUAGAAUUCCUUGGUUCAUCUUGUUCUUUUUGAGUUUAGGAUUAUGCUUCAAACAAUACGAUAACUAUGGGUAUGUCACCCCACAAGCUGUAUUUUUACUUUAUGCUCAUUGGCUUUAUGCUAAUGCUUGUGCUAAAGGUGAAGAAUUGAUUGUGCCCACUUGGGAUAUGGCUUAUGAAAAGUUUGGUUUCAUGUUGUUAUUUUGGAAUAUUGCUGGUGUGCCAUUUACAUAUUGUCAAUGUACAUUAUACUUGGCCUACCAUGAUCCACAAGAAUAUCAAUGGUCAACAGCUUACAAUGUGUUUUUGUUUGUUUUAAUUACAGUUGCUUAUUACUUCUUUGACACUGGCAAUCGUCAAAAGAAUAGUUUUAGAAGAACAAUGGCAGGAAACACUCACAUCCGUAAAACAUUCCCAUAUUUGCCAUAUUCUGAUCUUGUUAAUCCAAAGUAUAUCAAGUGUGAAAAUGGCUCAUUGUUGUUGACUGACGGAUGGUACGUUUAUGCUAGAAAGAUGCAUUACACUGCUGAUUACACCCAAACUUUAACUUGGGCAUUAAUGUGUGGAUUUAGUUCACCAUUCCCUUGGUUUUUCCCAGUUUUCUUUUUCAUUGUAUUGGUUCAUAGAGGUUAUCGUGAUCAAAGAAAAUGCGAAAAGAAAUAUGGCAAAGAUUGGGAUAGAUAUUUGGAAGCUUGUCCUUAUAUGUUUAUCCCUUACGUUUGGUAA